AUGUUCCAGCACACCUCCCUCACAGAGCACACCUCCCUCACAGAGCACCUCCCUCACAGAGCACCUCCCUCACAGAGCACACCUCCCUCACAGAGCACACCUCCCUCACAGAGCACACCUCCCUCACAGAGCACACCUCCCUCACAGAGCACCUCCCUCACAGAGCACACCUCCCUCACAGAGCACACCUCCCUCACAGAGCACACCUCCCUCACAGAGCACCUCCCUCACAGAGCACACCUCCCUCACAGAGCACACCUCCCUCACAGAGCACACCUCCCUCACAGAGCACACCUCCCUCACAGAGCACCUCCCUCACAGAGCACACCUCCCUCACAGAGCACACCUCCCUCACAGAGCACACCUCCCUCACAGAGCACCUCCCUCACAGAGCACACCUCCCUCACAGAGCACCUCCCUCACAGAGCACACCUCCCUCACAGAGCACACCUCCCUCACAGAGCACCUCCCUCACAGAGCACCUCCCUCACAGAGCACACCUCCCUCACAGAGCACACUUCCCUCACAGAGCACACCUCCCUCACAGAGCACCUCCCUCACAGAGCACACCUCCCUCACAGAGCACACCUCCCUCACAGAGCACCUCCCUCACAGAGCACCUCCCUCACAGAGCACACCUCCCUCACAGAGCACACCUCCCUCACAGAGCACACCUCCCUCACAGAGCACCUCCCUCACAGAACACCUCCCUCACAGAGCACACCUCCCUCACAGAGCACACCUCCCUCACAGAACACCUCCCUCACAGAGCACACCUCCCUCACAGAGCACACCUCCCUCACAGAGCACCUCCCUCACAGAGCACACCUCCCUGAACCCCCAGCGCUCCUCAAACCCCUCCUGAUCCCCAUUUAUCCUGUAGAGACCGAACUCCAGCCUGAGUCUGGCCUGGACCAUCCGGACCAGCAGAGCCCUGGGACUGAUCUCACCCUGGGGCCUCUCAACGGGAACCAAUACAAGGACGAAGAGGAGAGGAGGAAGAGGAGAGGAGGAAGAGGAGAGGAUGAAGAGGAGAGGAUGAAGAGGAGAGGAGGAAGAGGAGAGGAGGAAGAGGAGAGGAUGAAGAGGAGAGGAUGA